ACAUGUUAGAAUUAACAAACAAAACAAGUCAACCCUCUCAGCCUAUACCGAAUUUCCCAUUUUAAUUAGUGUUUAUGAUACACAGCUUAAUCCAUGCAUAUCAUCAUUAUCCAAAUAUAGGAGUACCACAAAAGCUCUGACCCAAUGCACAUCCUUUCUUUCAUAAUUUUAUUUACAUGCAUACUUGUCCCCUUUCCCAAAAUUUCCGUAGCAAAUGAUUCUAUCAACUUGCCACAGUCUAUGAGAGACGGCGAUACCUUGGUAUCAAAAACUAGAAAGUUUGAACUUGGGUUUUUCAGCCCGGGUAGUUCGCAAAAACGUUAUCUGGGAAUUUGGUACAAGAAUAUCCCAAUUCGGACAGUGGUUUGGGUUGCUAAUAGGGAAAACCCCAUCAAUGAUUCCUCAGGCAUCUUAACACUCAACACCACAGGGAAUCUUGUUCUCACCCAAAACAAGUCUCUUGUUUGGUACACAAACAACUCUCACAAACAAGCACAGAAUCCAGUGGCAGUGCUCUUGGACAGUGGCAAUCUUGUGAUAAGAAAUGACGGAGAAACAAACCCAGAAGCUUAUUUGUGGCAAAGCUUUGACUAUCCAUCUGAUACACUCUUGCCAGGGAUGAAAUUGGGAUGGGACCUUCGAACCGGUCUGGACCGGAGACUAACAGCUUGGAAAAGUCCAGAUGAUCCAUCCCCGGGAGACGUUUACCGGGAUCUCGAACUCUAUAGCUAUCCUGAGUUCUAUAUAAUGAAGGGAACCAAAAAGGUAUACCGGUUUGGACCUUGGAAUGGCCUAUAUUUUAGUGGAGUUCCAGAUCUUCGGAAUAACACCAUAUUUGGCUUCAAUUUUUUCAGCAAUAAGGAGGAGAGUUACUACAUCUUUAGCCCCACAAAUGAUCUUGUCAUGUCCAGAAUUGUAAUGAACGAAUCGACUACAAUCUAUCGCUAUGUAUGGGUGGAGGAUGAUCAAAAUUGGAGGAUAUACACGUCACUUCCAAAAGACUUCUGUGACACUUAUGGUCUCUGUGGAGUCUAUGGCAAUUGCAUGACCUCACAGACACAAGUGUGCCAAUGUUUGAAAGGGUUUAGUCCAAAGUCACCAGAAGCAUGGGUUUCAUCUGGCUGGAGUCAAGGAUGUGUCCGCAAUAAACCAUUAAGCUGCAAAGACAAACUCACAGAUGGGUUUGUCAAAUAUGAAGGCCUCAAGGUUCCAGAUACUAGACAUACUUGGUUGGAUGAGAGUAUUGGUCUAGAGGAAUGCAAAGUUAUCUGUUUGAAUAAUUGUUCUUGCAUGGCCUAUACUAAUUCAGACAUAAGAGGUGCAGGUAGUGGCUGUGUCAUGUGGUUUGGGGAUCUAAUUGACAUCAAACAGCUUCAAACUGCUGGUCAAGAUCUAUAUAUCAGGAUGCCUGCUUCAGAGUUAGAAUCUGUAUAUAGGCACAAGAAGAAGACCACAACGAUAGCUGCUUCUACCACUGCUGCAAUCUGUGGGGUUCUUUUACUGAGUAGUUAUUUUAUUUGCAGAAUUCGGAGGAACAAUGCUGGAAAAUCAUUAACAGAAUAUGACAGUGAAAAAGAUAUGGAUGAUCUGGACAUCCAACUGUUUGAUCUACCGACAAUUACAACUGCCACUAAUGACUUCUCAAUGGAGAAUAAGAUUGGAGAAGGUGGUUUUGGACCUGUAUACAAGGGAAUAUUAGUUGACGGGCAAGAAAUUGCUGUAAAGACUCUAUCAAGGAGCUCAUGGCAAGGAGUGACAGAGUUCAUAAAUGAAGUAAAAUUAAUUGCAAAACUUCAGCAUCGGAAUCUUGUAAAACUCCUUGGUUGUUGCAUUCAAGGACAAGAGAAAAUGCUAAUUUAUGAGUACAUGGCAAACGGCAGCCUGGACUCCUUCAUUUUUGAUGAUAAAAAAAGAAAAUUGCUAAAGUGGCCUCAACAAUUCCACAUAAUCUGUGGAAUUGCAAGGGGGCUUAUGUAUCUUCAUCAAGAUUCCCGACUGAGGAUUAUUCAUAGAGAUCUGAAAGCAAGUAAUGUUCUACUCGAUGAAAAUUCUAGUCCAAAAAUAUCAGAUUUUGGAAUGGCCAGAACUUUUGGUGGAGACCAAUUUGAAGGAAACACAAGUAGAGUAGUUGGGACCUGUGGGUAUAUGGCACCGGAGUAUGCUGUUGAUGGGUCAUUUUCUGUGAAAUCUGAUGUCUUUAGCUUUGGCAUUUUAGUGUUGGAGAUUGUAUGUGGCAAGAGAAAUAAAGGACUUUAUCAGACAGAUAAGAGUCUUAACCUCGUUGGUCAUGCAUGGACAUUAUGGAAAGAGGGAAGGGCACUAGAUUUGAUUGAUGACUCAAACAUGAAGGAGUCGUGCGUUAUAUCCGAAGUAUUACGUUGCAUCCAUGUUGGCCUUUUGUGUGUGCAGCAGUACCCAGAAGAUAGGCCUACAAUGGCAUCUGUGAUUCUGAUGUUGGAGAGUCACAUGGAAUUGGUUGAGCCUAAAGAACAUGGCUUCAUUUCGAGAAAUUUUUUAGGUGAAGGAGAUUUACGCUCAAAUCGGAAAGACACAAGUUCAAGCAACGAUGUGACAAUUACCUUGUUAGAAGCGCGAUAAAACUCAUGAAAUCUUAGUUGGACAUAAACCAAAAUGUAGAUAUACAAGGAUAUACAUUUAAGAAUUUAAAUACAAAAGUUGAUUAAUUUAUGACAUUCCUAGCUGCAUGUUAUUUUUAACUUAUUUUCAUAUAUGCUUGUUUGUUAA